AGGCAUUCUAAUACAAUUUAAUAUGUAUGCAUAUGCAUAUAUUGUACGUCUGCUCUGUCUAUCAGCGGGAUUUUUCUGCGUCAAUUCCAAACACUUAGAUACAUACAAUGGGACAAUUACCGGAAAUUGCAUAUAUGAAUAAUGUGCAAUAAUACAAAAAAAAACCUAAACAUCCGCAAUUGUAUAUAUAACAGUGUUAAGUUUAUCGAUAAGAAUUUCUUAUCAACGUAAUAAACAAGUCGACAAGAAAGAAGCAAAAGUAGAUUAAAAACUUUAGUCAGUUUGUCGUACUCAAUAAUGGACAACGUAGAUAUUAACGUGAGUUACAGCGAUAUUCAUUUGGGGAAAAAGAUUGGCAGUGGUAGUUAUGGUGUUAUUCACAAAGCAAUUUGGCAAACUAAGAGUAUUGCAGUAAAAAUAAUUCAAGAAAACACUUCAGACACAGAAACGGAAAAAAGAAUUAAGGAGUCAGAGGUUUUGACCGAAAUUCGGAAUCUAAAACAGUUUAAUCAUAGGAACAUUGUCACGCUCUAUGGAGUCGCAAAAGAUCCUGACAAUAGCAUUUGUAUGCUUUUGGAAUUUGCAGAUUGUGGAUCACUCUACAAUUUUUUGCAUUGCUCAGAUAACGACGUUAGCUACGUUGACAAGAUAAACUGGAUGGCGCAAUGUGCCAAGGGAAUGGAUUAUUUACAUAGUAAUAAUACAGUACACCGGGAUCUCAAAACUCAGAACUUGUUGCUUUUCGAUAAGUAUCGAACGUUGAAGAUAUGCGAUUUUGGGACAGUAAAACAACUUACUACUAUUAAUACGGAAUUCAUUGGAACCAUUCGAUAUAUGGCCCCAGAACUUCUGGACGCAGAUGGGAAAUACACGGAAAAGUGUGACGUUUUUAGCUUUGGGAUUAUAUUUUGGGAAGUCAUGUCAAGGAAGAAGCCUUUCGAGAACUUAAAGGACAUGCAUCCAUUCGCAAUCCAAAAGAAAAUUGUAGAAGGUGUGCGUCCGAAUGUAAAUGACAUAAUGACAUUUGCAAAUUCGCAUUUGAUCAAACAAAGUAUUGAAGAGUGCUGGGAUCAAGAUCCAGAGAUGCGGCCGAGUAUGAAGGAAGUGAUUUGUGAUAUUAAUGUUAACAGCAAAAAUGAUACAAGUUUAUGCAUCGACGAUAUUGAAAUGAUAGAAAUGAUCGAACGUGGCAGCUAUUGUGACGUUUACAAAGUUCGUUGGCGAACUGAAAGUCACAGCAAAUGCGUUGCAGCAAAAGUAAUACAAGAUGUUAUUUCAAAUAUAGACAUAGAAAAACAUAUUCUCGAUCUCAGCGGUCAUCUGAAAUGUCUAUGCCACAAAAAUAUUCUAACAUUUUAUGAUGUUUGUAAGACAUAUACCAAUAGAAUAUGUAUGCUCAUUCAGUAUGCAGACUGUGGGAGCCUCCAUGAUUUUUUGUAUCGAUCGAAACACGAAAUUAGUUAUGUUGGCAAACUAAAUUGGAUGAUGCAAUGUGCGAAGGGUAUGGACUACUUGCAUAGCAAAGACAUGCUACAUUCAGCUCUAAGAACACAAAAUUUGUUGCUUUGUAACAAAUAUAAAACAUUAAAAAUUGGAGAUUAUGGUUUAAUUAAAAGAGCUGCCUUAUAUCCCAAACUAAUGGGCGCCAUUGAUCAGGGAGAAGAUCCAAAUGCACUUGAUUACCUUGGAGUAUGCGCAAUGAAAACGAAUGUUUUCAUCUUUGGUAUUAUAUGCUGGCAAAUAUUGGUAAGAAAGAAACCGUUUGACGACGACAAAAUAACGCAUUCGCUGGCUAUCGAAGAAAUUAUCAAUAAUGGUGAUCUACCAAAUAUUAAAAAAAUUGAUUGUUAUCCCGAUUCGUGGCACAUCAAAAGUAUUAUUCAACACUGUUGGUAUCGUGAUCCAAAGGACCGACCGACGACGAAAACUCUGUCGCUUUUAUUGCAAAUGGAUCCUGCGAUAUUUUCCAAGUAUCCCCUUUUAUUACAUCGCUCUAAAGCACUGAGAAUUGAGAUUCCGGACAGGGAAACUGAUCAAAAGAAUGGUGAAGAUUAAUAAAUUACGUUGCUUACAUUACAAUU